AUGAGUGCCAGCGGAACCACUUCCCAUGCUCUGUGCUUUCUUUUUGAAUGCUCAGGAGGUUUUGGAGCUCUUCCACUUCUAGGUCCUACUGAUGUCUUUGGAAUUAUAAGUCCUACAGAGAUUCUCCUCCCCGUGACAUUGCCUUUGGAAAAAUUGGAUUCUUCAUUCAAAGUGGUUUGUGAGCCACAAGUGUCUGUUGUCUAUAAGGUUGUUAUUACUCCUUUUGUUAUUCUGUGUGUUUUUGCUUCUGUAACGAUUAACAAAUGGGAGAAGGAGAACGGAAUGCCUAGUAUUCUCCAAGGUGCUGUUGAGAGCAUAUCCAUCAGCGAAGUCAGACUCAGUAUUCGACAGUCCUUGGUUAAGAUCGGGGCUGGUUUGAUUUCCAGGGAUCCUAAACUACAUCUGUUAAUAUGUGGACUAAAAGUUGUAACGAGGGCCUCAAGUAAAAGCUCAAAGAAAACAAGCUCAAAGAGAACAAGAUCUCGUAAAUCUUGGAAAUUAGGUAGAGGAAAGUGGAUGAUUGUAACUAAUAUAGCCAGGUUCUUGUCGGUUUCUAUAACUGAGACGGUUGUAAAGACACCAAAAGCUGGUUUGGAAGUUAAAGAAAUGACACUUGAUAUAUCUAAAGAUAGUGGACCAGAGCCAACCUUGUCUGUCAAGUUUCGCAUUGUUUCUAUUCUUGUUCUCUUAUGCGAAUCACAAACCAGUUCUGGUCAAUCAUCAGUGCACAGUGGAUCUUUCCCUGCCAACCAUGCAAUACAAACCAUGACGGAAAAGACCUCUGCUCCUUUCAGUUGCGAGGAGGUUUAUCUCUUGUGUGAGUUUGGCCAUGAUAGGGAAGCAGGAAUUGUUGUUAGGAAUGUGGAUAUCAGAAAUGGUGAAAUUUCUGUUAAUCUGAAUGAGCAGCUGCUUCUUAAAAAGAAAGGUGCUGAAACUGUACAUGUUACUGUAAAGCCGAUGAAUGAAUCUGGUACUGCUGAAAAACCAGAGAAAAAACCAGCAGCAUUGGCUGUUAUGAGAGAAAAAUAUGCUUCUAUGUUUCCAGAAAAGCUUAGCUUCACUUUACCCAAAGUGGAUAUGAAGUUCGUGCACCGAGUAGAGGGUUUUAUGGUUGAGAAUAGCAUUAUGGGCAUCCAACUAAAAGGCUCAAAAACUCAAUCGGUUGAAGAUGUUGGAGAAAUCACACAACUUCACGUUCAGUUGGAGAUCAGUGAGAUUCAUCUACUUAAAGAUGCUGGCACAUCAAUCCUCGAGUUAUCAAAACUUGAAAUAAUCGCUUCAGUUUAUAUUCCAGUUGAGCCUGCUUCACCGAUCAGAUGUGAAAUUGGUGUUAAGCUGGGAGGUACCCGGUGCAAGCUCAUAAUUACUAGAUUAAAUCCUUGGCUGCGCCUUCAUGCUUCAAAGAAAAAGAAGAUGGUACUCCGAGAAGAAAGUUCUACUCGUGAAAAAUCAAGGUCAUCUGAUCAUAAAGCCAUCAUAUGGACCUCCACUAUUUCUGCCCCUGAAUUGACUAUAAUGGUCUAUGAUCUUAAUGGCUUGCCAUUGUGUCAUGGUUGUUCUCAGUCAUUACAUGUCUUUUCCAACAAUUCAUCAAGUGCAGAUGCAGCAGUGCAAGUGGAAAUUGUUGAAUUUAAUCUUAACAUGUCUGACGAGCAUCAAGAAUGCUUAAAGGACCUGUUUAGGGUUGAAAUAAACACUUCACUAAUUCAUAUAGUAAAAGUCAGUCUUGAUUUAGGCAGGAAAACUCUGGAUUCACCUGAAGACGGUCUUAACUGUAAAAAAGUUCUCUCUAUUGAUUUUACUGGCAUGAGUAUAUACUUGACCUAUAGGCGCCUCGCAUCCCUGAUUUCGGCAGCUUUCUCUUUCAAGCGUUUCCUGAAGAGUUUUUCUGUUUCUGGUAAGAAAGCAACUACUCAGGGAACGAAAUCAUCCAAGCCAUCAGGAAAAGGGAUUCAUGUAAUAAAAUUCAAUCUACAACAGUGCUCUUUAAAUAUAAGUGGAGAGGUGGGCUUGGAAAAUGCUGUUGUUCCUGACCCGAAACGGGUCAACUACGGAUCUCAGGGUGGUCGUACUGUGAUUAGUGUUUUAGCUGAUGGUACACCCCGCACCGCAAAUAUAAUAUCUACAGCUCCAGAUGAGCUAGAAAAAGUGAAGUAUUCUGUGUCCGUUGAUAUUUCCCACCUCAAAUUUUGUAUGAACAAGGAGAAACAAUCAACACAAGUGGAGCUUGGAAGAGCCAAAUCUAUCUAUCAAGAACAUUUACAAGAUAGAAACCUUGGAACUAAAGUUACAUUGCUUGACAUGCAGAAUACAAAGUUUGUGAAACGAUCUGGUGGCCUUAAAGAGAUUGCGAUGUGCUCUCUCUUUAGUGCUACCGAUAUAUCGGUGAGAUGGGAGCCUGAUGCGCAUAUAGCAUUGGUUGAGUUGGCUUUGCAAUUGAAGUUGCUCGUGCACAAUCAGAAGCUUCAGGAUCCUUCUAAAGAAGGAGAUCUUAAAGAUAACGAGCAGAGCAAAGACUCCAAGGAAUCACAAAAGCUGGAGAAACAACACAAGAAAAGAGAAUCGGUUUUUGCUGUUGAUGUGGAAGUGCUUAAUAUAUCUGCUGAAGUUGGAGAUGGUGUUGAGCUGUAUGUUCAGGUGCAGUCGAUCUUUUCAGAAAAUGCUCAGAUAGGUAUGCUUCUUGAAGGGAUCAUGCUCAAGUUCAAUGAUGCAAGAAUAUUCAGAAGCAGCAGGAUGCAAAUCUCUCGUAUUCCCAAACCCUCUAGCACUGCACCUAAUGAAAAACCUGAGAAUGGCACAACAUGGGAUUGGGUAAUUCAAGCCCUUGAUGUUCAUAUAUGCCUGCCGUACAGGUUGCAGUUGCGUGCAAUUGAUGAUUCUGUUGAGGAUAUGAUUCGAGCUUUAAAGCUCGUAACUGCUGCAAAGACUAAACUUAUGUUUCCCAAUAAGGAAGAGAAACCGAAAGCUAAAAAGAUUAGUUCAACAAAACUUGGUCGAGUCAGACUCUGCAUAAAGAAGCUCAUAGCUGAUAUUGAAGAAGAACCACUACAGGGAUGGCUUGAUGAACAUUAUCAGCUAUGGAAGAACGGGGCUUGUGAAUCAGCUGUCAGAUUAAACUUUCUUGAUGAACUUAUUUCGAAAGGAGGAAAAUGUGGAAGUGCUGCUGAAGGAAAUGAUCCUCUCGAUGAUGGCAAGAUCAAUAUUAUUGGAGAAGAUAUUGAUGUAGAGGAUACUUCAGCCAUUCAGAAACUGCGAGAGAAGAUCUACAAGCAGUCAUUCAGGUCAUAUUACCAAGCAUGCCAGAAGCUUGUUCAGGCAGAAGGAUCUGGGGCCUGUAUUGAAGGAUUUCAAGCGGGUUUCAAGCUUAGCACUGCAAGAACUUCUCUUUUUUCAAUUUCUGCUACUGAAUUAGAUGUAAGCUUGACAAAAAUUGAAGGAGGUGAUGCAGGGAUGAUAGAGCUUCUGCAAAAGCUCGAUCCAGUAUGUCGUGCACAUAGCAUCCCAUUUUCACGAUUAUAUGGUGCUAACAUCAAUUUGCGUACAGGUUCUCUUGCUAUUCUGAUAAGAAACUACACAUGUCCUCUACUUGCUGCUAAUUCAGGCCGUUGUGAAGGCCGUCUUAUAAUGGCUCAGCAGGCAACACCCUUUCAGCCCCAAAUGCAGCAAAAUGUGUUCAUUGGGAGAUGGAGGAAGGUCCGUCUGCUUCGAUCACUCACUGGGACAACUCCACCAAUGAAAACAUAUUUGGAUUUGCCCUUACAUUUUCAGAAAGCAGAAAUUUCGUAUGGAGUUGGUUUUGAACCUGCUUUUACUGAUCUCAGCUAUGCUUUCACUGUGGCCCUUCGUAGGGCCCAUUUGAGCAUCAGAAAUCCAAAUCCGGAUCCUCCAGUACCUAAAAAGGAAAAGAGCUUGCCAUGGUGGGAUGAAAUGAGAAACUACAUUCAUGGGAACUCCACCUUAUAUUUUGGUGAGGCUCAAAUCAAUGUUCUUUCCACUACUGAUCCUUAUGAAAAAUCCAAUAAGCUUAAGGUAGCAACUGGGUAUUUGGAAAUCCAGCAGGCAGAUGGUCGUAUUUAUGCUUUCGCAAAGGACUUUAAGAUUCUAUUAAGCAGUUUGGAUAUCUUGUCGAAGAACGCCAACUUAAAACAUCCAAGUGGCUUUUCUUGCACUUUCAUAGAAGCCCCGGCCUUUAGUGUUGAAGUGAUAAUGGAAUGGGGUUGUGAUUCUGGAAAUCCUCUAAACCAUUAUUUAUUUGCUCUUCCAAUUGAAGGUGUGCCUCGUGAAAAAGUUUUUGAUCCCUUUAGAUCAACGUCUCUGUCCCUACGGUGGAAUCUUUUGCUUAGGCCCUCUCUUCCCUUCGAUGAUAAUCAGUCAGAAUUACCCUCUGCGGAUAAUCAAGGUGUCUCGAGCGGUACUGCCUCUGGUGCUCUCAAGCAAGAUAAUGGGUCAGUCAAUUCCCCAACAAUACAGGUUGGUCCUCAUGAUUUGGCAUGGCUAAUCAAAUUUUGGAACUUAAACUUCAUUCCUCCUCACAAGUUGCGGACCUUUUCAAGAUGGCCCCGUUUUGGAGUUCCAAGAGUUCCUAGAUCUGGCAAUCUGUCAAUGGAUAGAGUAAUGACCGAAUUUAUGUUUAGAGUUGAUUCGACACCAACAUGUAUAAAGCAUAUGCCUUUAUAUGAUGAUGACCCAGCGAAGGGGCUGACAAUUACAGUGGCAAAGUUCAAAUUAGAAAUUUAUUUAGGCCGGGGAAAGCAAAAAUUUACAUUUGAGAGUGUACGUGAUCCUCUUGAACUUGUGUACCAAGGAAUUGACCUUCACAUUCCAAAGGCAUUUAUCAGCAGAGAUGAUAGCAUCAGUGUUGCAAAAGUAGUUCAAAUGGCUAAAAAAGAUUCACAAUCUGCGCUUUUGGAUAUGUCUACUAAUGAUAAACCUAGCAGUAGGAGUGGCAGCAUGGACAGACAUCAAGAUGAUGGUUUCCUUUUAUCAUCCGAGUACUUCACCAUCAGAAGGCAAUCCCCAAAGGCUGACCCAGAAAGGUUAUUGGCAUGGCAAGAAGCUGGUAGAAGAAAUAUAGAGACGACUUGCGUUAGGUCUGAGGUCGACAAUGGGAGUGGAAGUGAUGAGGAAACAAGAUCUGACCCAAGUGAUGAUGAUGGAUACAAUGUAGUGAUAGCAGAUAAUUGUCAACGUAUCUUUGUCUAUGGUCUUAAGAUUUUGUGGACACUUGAAAUCAGAGAUGCUGUUCGGUCCUGGGGAGCUGGAUUAUCUAAAGCCUUUGAACCUUCAAAGCCAUCUCCCUCUAGGCAAUACGCCCAACGAAAGCUGCUGGAGGAGAGUAAGGUAAUUAAUAAUACUGAAUCACGCGAAGAUGAUAACCAGAAGUCUCCUCCCAGUCAAGAUGCAGGGCUAUCAAGGAGUCAAGAUGAUAACCAUAAAUCUCCUCCAGAACCUGCAGGGCCAUCAAAAUCACAAUCAGAACCACCUCCAUCAAAUGCAAUCAAAGCAGACACUCCUCAGUCUAGUUCUACAGAAAAACUUGGUAUUGCUGAAGACUCUGAGGGGGAGGGCACUCGCCAUUUUAUGGUGAAUGUCAUUGAACCACAGUUCAAUCUUCACUCCGAGGAUGCAAAUGGUAGAUUUCUGUUAGCUGCUGUGAGCGGUCGUGUUUUGGCUCGUUCGUUCCAUUCAGUUAUUUCCAUUGGUUGCGAAGUGAUUGAGCAAGCUCUUGGUGGAGGAGGUGUCCAAAUUCCUGAGUCUCAACCACAAAUGACGUGGAAUCGCAUGGAGUUGUCUGUGAUGUUAGAACAGGUACAGGCACAUGUUGCCCCAACUGAUGUAGAUCCAGGGGCUGGACUGCAGUGGCUCCCUAAAAUUCGUAGAUGCUCACCUAAAGUUAAACGCACUGGAGCACUACUUGAAAGAGUGUUUAUGCCUUGCGAUAUGUAUUUCCGCUACACUAGACAUAAAAGCGGAACCACACAGUUGAAGGUGAAACCCUUGAAGGAACUGUCAUUCAAUUCACACAACAUAACAGCAGCAAUGACGUCUCGCCAAUUUCAAGUUAUGAUAGAUGUGUUGACCAAUCUUCUCCUUGCUCGGGCUCCAAAGCCUCGAAAAGUUAGUUUGUCAUAUUCAGAAGGUGGUGAUGAAGACGAAGAAGAAGAGGUUGAUGAAGUCGUUCCUGAUGGAGUGGAAGAGGUAGAAUUAGCAAGAGUGGACCUUGAACAUAAAGCACGAGCGCAGAAGUUGAUCCAGGAAGAUAUUAGGAAAUUAUCUCUUUGUACUGAUGUUUCCACGGACCCGGGCCCCGUAAAGGAGGGUGAUCUCUGGAUUAUUAGUGGUGGAAGGUCCAUAUUGGUGCAAAAACUGAAGAAAGAUCUGAUAAAUGCUAAAAAAUCUAGAAAAGUUUCAUCUGCUUCUCUAAGAAUGGCAUUACAGAAGGCGGCACAGCUACGGUUGAUGGAGAAAGAAAAAAACAAAAGUCCUUCUUGCGCUAUGCGCAUCUCUUUGCAAAUUAAUAAAGUGGUCUGGAGUAUGCUUGUGGAUGGUAAAUCAUUUGGUGAAGCUGAAAUAAAUGACAUGAUAUAUGAUUUUGACCGGGAUUACAAAGAUAUUGGGAUUGCUAAGUUCACAAUAAAGUGCUUUGUUAUGAGAAACUGCCUGCCGAAUGCCAAGUCAGAUAUGCUUCUAUCAGCAUGGAAUCCUCCUCCAGAAUGGGGAAAAAAAGUGAUGGUCCGGGUAGAUGCUAAACAGGGGGCUCCGAAAGACGGAAACUCUACCAUUGAACUGUUGCAGGUGGAAAUAUACCCCUUAAAGAUACAUCUAACUGAGUCAAUGUACAGCAUGAUGUGGGCAUAUUUUUUUCCAGAAGAGGAACAAGACUCCCACAGGCGGCAGGAAGUAUGGAAAGUUUCAACUACUGCUGGUGCCAAGCGUGCAAAAAAAGGCUCUUCAGUGCAGGAAGCACCAGUGUCAAGUAGCCAUUUACCUAAAGAUUCUCAGUCUUCCUCUUAUGGUGAUUUAUCCCAGGCAACAAAGAACCAAAAAGCUAAUGCUAGUGUUGUGGCCCCUAAGCUAAGACGAACGUCCUCCUUUGACAGAAACUGGGAAGAAAAUGUAGCUGAAUCUGUUGCUAAUGAACUUGUACUGCAAAUGCACUCAUCAAGUGUUUCUUCUUCCAAAAGUGGGUCCCUUGCAAGUAUUGAGCAUCCAGAUGAAGCUAACAGAAACAAAUUCAAGGAAUCGAAAUUAAUUAAAUCUGGUCGUUCUAACGAGGAGAAAAAGGUGGGGAAGGCACAUGACGAGAAAAAAUCUAGGCCCCGAAGAAUGAGAGAGUUCCAUAAUAUCAAGAUUAGUCAAGUUGAGUUACAAAUUACUUAUGAAGGAUCGAGAUUUGCUGUGGGUGAUAUGAGACUGCUGAUGGAUACAUUCCAUCGUGUUGAAUUUACUGGGACCUGGCAGAGAUUAUUCUCACGAGUUAGGAAGCAUAUCAUCUGGGGAGUUCUUAAAUCAGUAACGGGAAUGCAGGGAAAGAAGUUUAAAGCAAACAACCAAAAGGAAGCCGGUCCUUCUGGUGUUCCCAAUAUUGAUCUGAAUCUCAGUGAUAGUGAUGGUGGUUCAGCUGAAAAAUCUGAGCAGAAUCCGUUAUCCUGGCCUAAGCGUCCCACUGAUGGUGCAGGUGAUGGUUUUGUCACCUCAGUGAAAGGCCUUUUUAAUUCUCAGCGUAAAAAGGCUAAGGCUUUCGUGCUUCGGACAAUGAGGGGUGAAGAAGAUGACUUGCACGCUGACUGGAGCGAAGGUGAGGCUGAUUUCUCUCCCUUUGCCAGACAACUAACCAUAACAAAGGCCAAGAAGCUGAUUAGACGACAUACAAAGAAGUUCCGUCCUAGAGGAGCAAAAGGUUUAUCUUCUCAUAAAGAUUCACUUCCCUCAUCGCCAAGUGCAAACGCCACAUUUGACAGUGAUUCUUCAAGCGAAACAUCACCUUACGAGCAAGAGUAGCAGAACUUGAUAACAGUAAAACAAAUAUGAUUUUAGGAUGUAAAGUGGGACUGCCAAUUGCAGCCUCGACGACUCCUGCUUAGAUUAUGUGAAAAUGCCUACUUGUUCUAAAAAGCAGAACAAGGUAAGAGCUGUCCACUACCUAUUAACAUAUCAUUGCCGUUUAGAGCUCUGAAGAUAUAUUGGAAAAUAGAUGUGAGGUGACAACCUUUGAGUCAUGGUUCAUUUUUACUCUUCUUUUUAUUCUGUCACCCAUGUAAAAUGGACUUUUGGACCUGUAAUAGUUCAAAAUUUUGUAAUCAUGUCCUAUGUUUAGCAAAAAGCCAAAGAGUUUAUCACUGCAAAUACCCAUACAUUUAGCACUGUAAAAUUAUGAAAUUUCAUUUGCUAAAAUCUU